AUGACUCAGAAAAACAUGUACAUCGAAACCCCAGAAGCUUUUAUCGAUGGUGGCAAAAACUUUGACGAUGAUGGACGAGUCAAAAGAACAGGUACAUGGGUGACUGCAAGUGCACACAUCAUAACAGCAGUGAUAGGUUCAGGAGUUUUAUCACUUGCAUGGGCAAUAGCUCAAAUGGGUUGGGCUGCUGGUCCAGCAGUUCUACUAGCUUUUUCUUUAAUCACUUAUUUCACUUCCACUCUUUUAGCUGAUUCCUAUCGUUCCCCUGAUCCUGUUCACGGCAAACGAAACUACACUUACUCAGAAGUUGUAAGAUCUGUCUUAGGAGGAAGGAAAUUCCAGCUAUGUGGAUUAGCUCAAUAUAUAAAUCUCAUCGGUGUAACUAUAGGUUACACAAUAACUGCUUCAAUUAGUAUGGUGGCUGUGAAGAGGUCAAAUUGUUAUCAUAAACAUGGACAUGAAGCAAAGUGUUAUACAUCAAAUAUUCCUUUCAUGAUUAUAUUUGCUUGCAUUCAAAUAGUGCUAAGUCAAAUACCAAAUUUCCAUAAACUUUCAUGGCUCUCCAUUGUUGCAGCUGUUAUGUCUUUUGCUUAUUCCGCAAUUGGGUUAGGUCUCUCUGUAGCUAAAGUAAUAGGUGGGGGGCCUGGUGUGAGAACAUCAUUGACAGGGGUGCAAGUUGGGGUGGAUGUUACAGGAAGUGAGAAAGUUUGGAGGAUGUUUCAAGCUAUUGGUGAUAUUGCGUUUGCUUAUACUUAUUCUAAUGUGCUCAUUGAGAUACAGGAUACCUUGAAAUCAAGCCCUCCGGAGAACCAAGUCAUGAAAAGAGCAAGUAUGAUUGGCAUCUUGACUACAACAAUGUUUUAUAUGUUAUGUGGUUGUUUAGGAUAUGCAGCGUUUGGAAACGAUGCACCAGGAAAUUUCCUCACAGGGUUCGGCUUUUACGAGCCGUUUUGGCUAAUAGACUUUGCCAACGUCUGCAUAGCAGUACACUUGAUUGGAGCUUAUCAGGUCUUCUGUCAACCAAUAUUUGGAUUCGUAGAAAGUAAGAGUAAGGAAAAAUGGUCGGAUAGCAAAUUUGUAAAUGGAGAGCAUGCUAUAAAUAUUCCUCUAUGUGGAACCUUAUAUGUGAACUUCUUCAGGCUAGUGUCGAGAACAACAUAUGUUGCUGUCACUUCUCUCAUAGCUAUGAUGUUUCCAUUCUUCAAUGACUUCCUAGGCUUGAUUGGUUCAGUUUCCUUUUGGCCAUUAACGGUUUAUUUCCCCAUAGAGAUGUACAUUAAGCAGUCCAAGAUGCAAAGAUUUUCCUUCACAUGGACAUGGCUCAAGAUAUUGAGCUGGGCGUGCCUCAUCGUUUCUAUCAUCUCAGCUGCUGGUUCCAUCCAAGGCCUUGCUCAUGAUCUCAAAAAAUACCGGCCAUUCAAAGCUCAGCAAUAA